AUGAUCCUCGGUCCUGGAAUGCAAUACUUCUCUAUCUACCUCCCCAGCCCGACGACCGUGUCCUUUACGGUCUCGACACGCCCACUCCACAACCCCGUCCCGGUCGUCUCAACCUCAACCAACUCUUCCCGCGUAUCUAUUCCCAGAAUAAAAGCCCGCAUCUUCACAGUUCUCAAGCACGUCCUCCGCGCGCUCUUUGUCUUUGUGACUGCGCUGGUCAACGUCGUUAAAGCCCAGGGGUCAGUCCAGUCCGCUGGCCCCAGACUCGACGCGUACGCAGACUUGUUGCUCCACCUCAGCCCGUUCAACUCGUUUAUCAGAUUCCUCGCAGACAAGGCGGAAUGGUGGGUUCUUGCGUCACUCAGCCUGGUGGUCAUGUACGCUUGUCUACGGAGGGAUCAUGUCGAAGAAUCUCUCUUGGUAUUGCAGGGCUUGGGGAUCCAGACGUCGACUUCAUCGCGGUACUUCUUCACAGGUGCCACGACGACGUUCAUCCCAACUACCCAGAUCCAGGAUAUCGUCAUCCAUGAGGCGUUCAAGGGGCUGGAGGUGCGGUUCUACUUGGCCGUGAUUGUCGAGGGGGCGACCGAGGUAGUUGUUGUCUUUCCGACUCUGCUCCCACGGCGGGACAUCCUCGAGGAAGUCUGGCGAGGGUCGCGAAAGUGCUUGUACUCUGGCAUUCGAUGA